AUGCUCUUCCGUUUUCUGUGCUUCACUCUGGCCUUGCUGGUCAGCACCGCUCAUGCCAUCCCUACGCACUCGGAGCUGCAGCCGCGUGCUGCGGCUGCAGAAAAGAUCCCUCCGCGUUCCUUUGAUCUUGACACGCAGGGCGCGGAAGGAUAUACCAAAUUCUUGGAGGACUUGCGCACCGAGCUGGCGGCUUGCCGUCGGUCAGAAGCGCUCCGUGUUCUUCCUCCCCAGACGCUGAACCCGACGGCCGAAACGGUCGACUGGUUCGACUUGGGCCUGCACACUGGCGGCUUCACUAUCACGGUGCGGCUUCGGGCUGACAACCUGUACCUCCUCGGCUACCGCGUCGAGCCCUUUGCAAACUCAAACUGGCGCGCGUUCUCAGACGCACAACGGCUGGUCACCGGCUCUACCGCCCUCCCGGGCGGCUUCACCUACUCGCGGCUGGAGACGCAGGCGGGCCUACGCCGGCCGGAGCUACCGCUCGGCCUGAGCGCGCUCCGCGGCGCCGUCUCCUACCUCGCCACCCACCCGCAGGACCCGAGUAACGAGGAAGAGAAGAAGUCGCUAGCCAAGGCCCUACUGGUCGUCGUGCAGAUGCUCUGUGAGGCGAUGCGCUUCCGCCUCAUCGGGGACCACGUGGCCGCCGAGAGUGCGCAGAUCACGGAGCGCAUGACGCGCCUCGAAAACGACUGGGCCGACAUCUCGGAAGCGGUGCUGCGCGGCGACACCACCUACACGGACAGUACGCCGCUGCUCGCCAACGAGAACCAGAUGCAGAAGUGGGAGCUGCGGACGCUCGCGGCGGCCAUUGCCAUCCUGGGCCUCGCGCUGCAGCCGUCGCUGCCGGGCCCGCGCCUUUUGGAGAUGAAGGCGCGUCAAGACCAAUGCGGAGCGACGCCACAGGGUCGCACUCUGCUGGAAGUAUACUUUGUGCGUAUUGACAAUAUUGACAACGAGGACCCUGGCGACCUAUACGGCAGCAUCACCGCCACCGACGCGCUCGGCACCGACACCCUCUGGAAGCAGGACCCGUCCUUCAAGAUCAAGCCGGGCCAGGACGUGCCGCUAACGGGCCCUUCGCGGCCCAUCUCAGGUUCCGGGGCCUUUUCCAUCGACCUAGAUCUCUGGGACCACGACUCGUGGCCGGACCCGUCGUUUGACGACCAGGUGGCCCGCGGCAGCGUGCAGUGGAACCCCGAGGACCCAAGCAACACGUACGACACGACGCACUACCAGCAGAUCACGGGCAACUCUGGGUCCGCGUCGGUGCGGUACGCGGUCCUGCAGCGGGCCGUCACCGCGCACGUCUCUGUCGUGCUGGCGAAAGGGGACGAGAACCCAGACGACGGGACCAUCACGGCGGGCACCAGGCUGGACAAGGUUGUGCUGUUUGACGUUGCCUGCGAGAGCGGCAAGACCGUGUCGGUCAGCGAGGGCAGCCCGGUCCCGCUGCGGCGCUCAGUGCUGGCGGUGUCCCUGGAUGACAGUCUCACGAUCGAGGCUCGUCUCUGGGACUGGGACCAAGUCUCCAGCAACGACGAGAUUGCGAAUGGGAGUGAGGCGUUUGCGGCCAAGGCGGACACAAAGAAGACAAUCAGCGGAGCGUCUGGCAGGGUUGACGUCAACGUAGAAUGGGUCGAGCUGUGA